AUGGAGGACAUAAAAGAAGCUGUGUUGGCGGUAUUACCUAGUCUACCAGAAGAGAAAGUCCAGAUGCUGUUGAACAACUUGGCAAGCAUUGGCGUGGAGUCCAAAUCAGAUCUGCAGUUCAUUAAAGAGGAGGAUCUCCUAGCCAACAUCACACCUAUCCAGUGCCGGAGGCUUCUCAGUGCCUGGCAAACUCUAGCUGUGGACCACUCUGACAUAGUCCUCAGUACCACUACAGAGGAUCCUCCAUCUUCUGAAUCUGAGAACACUACAGCGUCAAGCAGUAAUACAUCCAGAAUGUCUGUGAAUCUAAGUUUCUGGCAUGAAAACUUUAGUGUUCCUUGGAACAGAAUGCCGCCUGGUAUCGCAACUGCAAUAUCACUGGAGAAACGUCCAUCUGCUAAAGACCGCAGGGAGAUGCUACGGAUCCUUGUUGAUGAAAUGAGGCUGACUGAACCAAAUCCAUCAAAGUCUCAGUGCCAGACAAUAGCCAAGAUGAUUGUAAAGCAACAUCCUAAGAGCUUUGCUGAUGUCAUGAGAGAUGGCACUGUGAUCUGCAGUGGCUAUGGAUCUCUUUUGACUCAACUAAAAACACGAGUAGAACAUGUUAAUCGUGGAAAUGCUCUCUCCAGACGAAGGAAGCCAAAAAGGGUCUCAGAUGCACCUGAAGACAUAGCCAGAGGACCAGCUGACCAAUAUGGCUGCGUGAGAUGGCAACCUAACUGUCCACCAGGGGAGACUGUAGUGGGUCUUGAAGGGAAAAAGACUGAAAUGAAAGACCUGUAUCACACUGAGGGACCAGCUGGUGCAGAGAGAGGAUAUGUGAUUCAGUUAAUGAAAACAACCUACUACCUACAAAGGAAACACAUCAAUGCCUGCCCACCUCCUUCAGUUUCUGAGCUGAAGAGUGAGUGGCCCUAUCUUUUUAUUCCGAGGGAGUUGUACAGCCAUUUCAAUUUGCUCACCGACAUCAACAUUCUGGGGAAAAUGGAACAGGCUAUGGAAGAAAAGGGGAAGCUGAUCCUUAGGUUCUUCCAGCACAGACCAGCAGGUACCAGUGCAGAUGAGGUUGGGCGCAUCCUGGUCAAGUACAGCAAAGAAGAAAAGUGUGAUCCAUGCCCAUGUGUGAUUCUGCUGCUGAUGGCCCACUUCAAAGAGAAAUCUGAGGGGCUCAUUUUACAGACCGAUGUGUGGUCCAGAGAUAUAGCUCCACCUCCAGUGGUCCAGAGAUACAGCUCCUGGCUCCCCAUCAUCAGGCCAGAAAUGAACAAGCCUUUUGGAUGA